AUGUCUUCAGUUGAUAGGAAACAGGAACUAGAGCGAAAAAAGGCAAAGCUCGCUGCCCUUCGUGAACAGAAGAGUAGAAAAACUGAUGUCCUUACCAACGGAUCUUACAAUCAUGGCACAUCAGGGAACGAUGUUGGAGGCAAUAGUGUGCGUAUAGAUACAGACGAACUACUAAAGACUCUGGGAAUAUCCAUUCCUGAGUCCAGUCCGAACGCUACUAGAGAUCACGUACCACAGUCCAAAAGUACAUCUGAUUUGCUGAGGCAUGCACGGGUCGCAAGUCCACACCCACGUCCAAAACUAGGACUUUCUAAGGUUCAAGAAUUCAACAUCCCUCCGAAGGAUCCGAUUACCUACUCAAAACAGACACAAACACGGGAACCCUUGGUUUCUCAGCAUCUUCCCGGUGUUCUCCAUGGAGAUUCUCCACGUGAAAUUCUAGGGUCCCCGCGGUUCAUCGCUAAUCUUGAAUGGGAUGAUGAAUUCUCCCUCGUGAUGCCUUUUGAUGACAGCACCGCAGUUGAUAUCGAUCCUUCUGUCCUAGUCACGGGGAAGCGACGGCUUUCCAGCACAGCUGGUGACUUACCGGCGAAAACCCCUACGGAGUUUGGGGUAGACUUUUCGGAACCAGUUAAAAGGGUGUUUGCUUUGCCGUGCAAGUUGAAACAGCAACCAACCUCCCUAGGAAGUAUUUUUCUGUCUCGUCGUUCCCAAGACGUCAUGUGGUUUCCGUCAAAUCAAAAUGAAUUUAUUUUGAAUCCCUUAUGCCCUAUUAUCAGUUCGUACUCUGACGGAGGAGGAUCGGAUGAACGUGAUGCGAUCGGAAGAUUNAUUCUUCGAUGCGCUGCAAGACUCAUUGAACGCGCUCUUGACGAGUCAAACAUAUUCUUGGACUACGGUGGUGUUGAGCAUGAUGAUGCAACGAAGACGGCAGUGACCAGCGCAAAUGAGUUUGCUGGUAACGGCCUUCAUACUUCGCUGCCAAGUAAUUGUUUGGCCGCCUCUGGCUCUCUUCCAACCUUCACAUGGUUGUGCGAAAAGAGUCCUUCGAGGAAGUCGGUCGACUGGCAUACGCAGCACGUGGCCAAGCCGGCGCAACCUAUGCAGUGUGAUCAGUUCAUCUAUCGAGGUGCCUCCCAACGUCAUCAGCUGCUUCGCUUUGGUCGCGACUUCUAUGACGAUCGUUGGUCGCGACGUCGUUGCGUCACUGCUCUCGACUGGUCCCCCAGCUAUCCAGAGCUGCUGCUCGGAUCCUAUUUUUCCAAUGAAGAUGCUCCCCACGAACCCGAUGGCGUGUGUCUCAUUUGGAAUCUGAAAUUUCAGAAAACCACCCCGGAAUAUAUCUUCCACUGUCAGUCUCCUGUUACCUCAGCCACGCUGGCCUUGUUUCACCCCAACCUCGUUAUUGGUGGUACUUACUCUGGGCAGAUUGUAAUAUGGGACAAUAGGUGUACCAAACGCACUCCUGUCCAACGGACAAUGCUGUCGGCCACCGCCCACACUCAUCCGGUCCAUGCAGUCAAGGUUGUCGGUACACAGAAUGCUCAUAAUCUCAUCAGCGUCAGCUCGGAUGGAAAACUCUGUUCCUGGAGUUUGGACAUGCUCAGCCAACCUCAGCAGUCAAUGGAGCUCACUUACCGCCAGACACGUCCCGUGUCAGCCACGUCGAUGAGUUUUUUCCACGAAGAUGUUAACAACUUCCUUGUAGGGUCAGAGGAUGGCCGCGUCUACACUGGGUCACGACAUGGGAGCCAAGCUGGGAUUGUCGAGGUACUUGAGGGUCACCAAGCACCCAUCACCUCCGUCUCCACACAUGCUACUGAAGGCCCGAUAAGCUUCUCUUCGCUGUUUCUCACCACUUCAUUCGACUGGUCUGUCAAAUUGUGGUCUACGAAGGAUUCGUUCCCCAUCUGUUCAUUCGAAGAAGCGUCAGAUAUAGUGUUUGAUGCCGAUUGGUCCCCCCUACAUCCUGCUAUGUUUGCCACAGUUGACUGUUCCGGAAAGCUUGAUCUGUGGAAUUUGAAUGAAGAUACUGAGGUCCCAGCAACUCGGACCGUCACCGAAGGUCAAACUGCAAUUAGUAAGUGUCGGUUCCACUCUUCCGGACUGCAUAUUGCUGCGGGUGAUCGUGGAGGUCGCAUCCAUAUUUAUGAUCUAAACGAAACAAUGGUCACCCCUCGCGCAGACGAAUGGAAUAUGUUCGCUCACACGGUUGAGGAGCUUCGCCAGCUAGCGUUGGAACGGUGCGAUCGUGAGCAUACUGCUAACGGUAUCACAUCCCAAGGCCCACCAAACGUUGUGCCACAUUAACCUCCUCCCCGUGAGCUUCAACCAUACACCUAUGUACCACGAACUAUCACACCAAACCUAACUAACAUCCAGACAGUUUGCCUUUGUUGGUCCCUCUGCAUCUGCCAGUCAUCCAGAUUAUUGUGACGCAUAAUACUAAACAUAUACAUGAAAUGAUGGCAGGGAGACAUAAUCUCCAGUGUCUCGUCCUGUUCCUUGCCCCUAUUUUCCUCAGUAUAAAUUCCAUUACGGAACUGGGUUGUGGUAGCAAUGUGAAGUGUGAUUUUCGGCAAACUGACGCUUCC